ACAGGGUAAGGAUUUUAUUCUGGGUAAGGUUCCACGACUUGCCAGAGUGAACAGCCUAGAGACGACUCAUGGCCGAUGUCCCUCCCCUCGCCCGACGUUCCUAGACGAAACAAAAAAUCUCUUUUGAUGGUAAAACAACAAUACGAAUAUUGAGGCUCUUGCUUAUCAUUGUGGCACUCUUGCCUUCACUUUCUAUUGUUUUUCCUAUUAUUAUUCUUGUUGAUGUUACAACUCCACUGUCCGGGGCUCAUUCGAACAAACUCGUCAACGAAUGAGGCAGGACAAGUUCCCAGCAAGCUUCUGCGGAGGUUCUGGGAAAUCAAGGCUGGAAAAAGGGUGAAAUGAAUAGCGCUCGAGCACCAUACUGUACCCUUUCCUUUCCACCCUCCUUCCUCUCUCUUCCGGACAAGGGAGAGAGGUACGGCAUCAUCCAUCUCUACAGUAGGGUUUUUUUUUUCUGUUGAAGAGUCAGAGUGGAGGCGAGAGGCAGAGAUUGGUCACAGUAGGUUACACGGAUCGCUGAUUCGGUGUACAGGGAUGACGGUGCAGCCCCAGUUGGUGAGCAGCAACGAGCCGGCAAAGUCCACAAGACAGUAGAGAUCCCCAGUAGCAGCGGGCUGCAAAUGAAACCGCUUUGUAUGGUGAAUAUGACGCGAAGGGGGAAUACGGAGGUAUAGAUUGCUGGAAACCCCUGUCUCAGGAUGCAAGAUACGGAUAGGGGAAAGUUGCAUAGAGGGAGGUUGAAUAUGAACCUCGGAUGAUGGGCCGGUGGAAGGUCUACAGAGGGCUUCGAAGAACGGGAAUGGCAGAAGCCAGGCUGCAAAUUUCACCGCCUGCCGGUACUGUACCGUACUCGUACACUUUAGUAAGAUGGGGGGAGGAGGAGCAGAGAGGGUGGAGUGCUCGAGCACGGUCAGUGGAACGUUGGAUUGGCCCAGGGACAAGCGGGAGGUGAGUGAGGAUGGGUGAAUGGGGGGAAUUGUGAGCAAGUGUGGUGCGAGUGCGGUGCAAGUGUGUGUGUGUGGGCGUGGGUGUGUGGAUAAGGGUCGGCUGGGUCGGUGGUUAGCCAUGCUGAUCGAGGAUGGAGGGCAUGGUAGGGUACUCGAGCACGAGCACUGUGGGAGAGAAUAGGGUGAGAGUGUUCGCUGAUGGAGAUGGAGAGGCCUCUGCCAUGGGAAGGGGAAGGAGGAGGGAGGGUUACUUACUCAUCCACCCUUCGCAGUGGUUGGCCCGACUCGAAACUCGAAACCCCGAAACUGCUUCCUCCCAUCCCCUCUCAAGACCGACCCAGAUCAAUUUACUGCUCUUCUCGUGCAAAGCAUCACGCAAUGAACAGGCCACAGCUCACCCGUUAGAUUGACGACACCGUUCCUGUCCGUCACUCCACUCUCCACUCCGCUCUCCCACAAUCCCAUCUUGGACCGCACAGCUCCACACUCCGCACUCUCCGUUUCCCUUCCAUCUCUCUCUCCCCCGUCCAUCGUACGAGCAGGAGGAGUAGGGUACCUUUUUUGUUUUUGUUUUUAUUUUUAUUUUCAUUUUUCAACCUACGAGUAAUCCACUUUCUCGUUGCCAUUACCGUACGGUGCCGUGUCCCUCUCCGUGACCUUCUCCCUGGCCCACGGAUACCGUGCUCUGUCAACCCUGACGACCGUCCGUCGUCGUUGCCUGCGCCCGAGACAAGUUUGCCCAACGACUCAUACUCACCUCCCUUGUCCACCGAACCCGUCAUCCAUCAUCUGGCCGCUUUUUCGCCACUGGACCCCUCCCAGAAUUUCGCACCCCCUUCCAUACUUCAUUCUUGCUACCUACACCACACAUCCUUCCCUUUCCGCCCCCCCGCCGCCUCGAGCAAGCGCAGGUUUCACCACUCUCUAACUGUUUGCUCACACUCUCACUGGCGCGCCUGGCUCAUUACUCAUUCUCUUUGUUCCCCUGCCCUCAGUACCUGUUUUAAAUAUUCAGCUAUCGCAUCCACUUGCUGCUCUCAGCAGCUACAAUCAUCCAUUCAUAUUCAUGUUCACCCGCCAUCACUAGCUUUUUCACUGCACCCUUCCUCUUCGCUUUCUCCGGCCAUUCUCUGCGACGACAACAUACUCGUUCCCUCCGUCAAUCUCUUUUGCGGACGGUCGGUUCGGUUGUAGUGCUCAGCUUGGAGCCGCCGUGCCCAGCCCAGGUGGCCCUAGUGCCUAAACGCCUCUCCGCCCCUGAUCGACUCAACAGCCCCCCCCCCAGCCGACUCUACACGUCUCCCUCCCCACCCUGGUCGGGACUCAUUCUUUCUCACUCGAUUAGACCAUCACGAGGCGCUGAGGCAGAGUCACAGCGGCCUCCAAUUCUCUGAGUCGCCAUUUACAAAAACGCCUUCCAUUACAGUCGCCGGAAACCCUCCCUUCCCAGGUUUGGGAUAUCACAAUGUAUCCUGUGGAAAUCACUGUCGCCGAGUUUUCAGUCACCGCCACCACCCCAAUCGCUUUUAUUACUGUUGCAGCUGUUGAUGAGUUUGGAGGUACUCUAUCCUACAUUUUUUAAAAGACAGAACUACCUCUUUGUCGAUAUAUUCGUCAACAACUUUGGAACACGACGCAACAAGAAGAAAAAAAAAAAAAAUUUACAUCUUGGGAGAUAGACGGUGACUGGGAUUUCGUUCGGAGAAGAAAAGAAAAGAAAAGCGAAGAAACGACUCUCUUUCGUUUAUUUUAAUUUGGGGUUUUUUUUCUACUGGAUUUUUUUCGGGGUGUUUUUUCCCGGUUUUCGGCUACGCGUCUUCAUUGGGCAUAGGGAAUUUUCGGUUUUUUAGUUGGGCGCCUUUGGUUACAUUGGUAUUUCAAUAUUCGGAUCGUUAUUUGAGGGAUUUGGGAUUUCGCCUUUGAAGGAACAAGGGGAUUCUGCUUUCGGACUUUUCAUUUUUUUUCGGCUUACGAGGUUUUUCUACUACGCCUCGUUGAGUGUCACAAUCGUCACCGGGCUCGCCUCUCCUCCGACGAUAUAUUGCGAACACCAGCCACUCCAGCUGGCGUUCUCUCGUUGUCGCCACCCGCCUGACGUCGCCCGAUCUAUUUUUCGGGCUAUCCUAUAUCUUAUCAUCAUUUCGAUACUUUCCUUAAGUACAGCUCCAGAUAACCUCAAACACAUCUAGUACUCUUGCCGGGAUCGACCUACUUUCCUGAGAUUGUCAGUAUACAUAUACGACCUUGAAGACGGAAUAAGGAUUCAGAAAUUCUACAUCCCGGUGUCCCUUGAAAGGGAAACUUUGCAAAACUACUAAUAUUGCCCAGCAAAUCUCCGCUCAAUCUUUUUCUUUGAACCCUUAAUUUUUCUCCCGCAAUAUGACCCUGGCACACACACCACCCACGGCAACAAUUUCACGCUCUCGCUACCCCUAUUCACCUGCACCCUCGCUAGCCUCACCAGCCUCAUCUUCUCAAUCCUCCGUUUGGUCUGUGGCGUCGGUAGUGUCGAACGCCACUUCCGUUGCCUCGUGUACUGCCACUAGCGGUACCUCAACUCCAGGCACGAAUAUUGUCCCCUCCAUCAAUAUUCAGCGUCAAUUUUCUGGCUCGGAGCAAGAUGGUUGGCUUCUCCGAAAGAAAGCAUCGGUCUCUAGCCUUCGGGCGUGUGAUUCGGUCCAACACCCGCACCCGCCAGUUGCGGUUACUCAGGAACCCUUGCCCAUAGAGCAGCGCCGGAACACCCGGAGAACCAAUCGUUUGGUUGAAGGAGCCAAUGCCGGAUGUCCUGUAUCUGAAGGCUGCCCGUUACCUCCCGUACCUACCCUGCAAAGGCAGGUUGAUCGGAAGGUUAACUUCGUUGACAAUCUCGUUGGUAUGUUAAGCACUCGGCCGUGGAUCCUUUUCGAUGAGAGUUUAUACGCAGGUACUAAGAUUCAUAUUUUACUACGAUAAAGACUCCGCAGCUCAGAUUGUCGAGACAAUAUGGCCACCUCCGAAGAUGCUCAUUUGUGCAACCCCGAAGGAUAAGGUUCUUCCAUUACGGACAUUCAUUCAGGAAACCCUCCGAAGAUCCCGGACCAGUUAUUCAACACUGCAAGUGGCGCUCUACUAUCUGAUCGUUAUCAGGCCUCAUCUUCCCCCCCGGGAUUGCGAAAUCGGCAGUUUACCCGCUGAAGAGGCACAGAUGACCCGUGCCAAGCAAUGUGGGAGAAGGAUGUUUUUGGCGGCUUUGAUCUUGGCAUCAAAGUACUUACAAGAUCGUAACUAUUCCGCAAGGGCUUGGAGCAAGAUUUCAGGGCUGAACACCCAGGAGAUAAACAUCAAUGAAAUGGCAUUCCUAGACGCUGUCAACUGGCGGCUUCAUAUAUCGGAAACCAAUUUCCAGAAGUGGACUGAUCUGGUAUUGAAGUACACAUCGGAUCACAAUCCAUCGUCGGUAUCCGCUGCCCGGGCCAACCCAUGGGUUGAUGAAGAAGAGCGGAAGAGGGAGUGGUGUGAUUUGGUCUUGAAGCUUUCGCCGGAUUUGAAUGAGGCAGAGUUAUUGGCGUCUGGGGGAUUAACACCAUGCGCGGUAGAUGCAGACAUAGUCGCGUCUACUUCGCCGCUUGCUAUUGAACCCUUUGUACCUGCAGCUCCUGUCCAACAGACUCCGGCAGCACCCGUGGCCGCCCAGCCCGUUGCAACACCUGCACCCCGAGCUGCUGAGCGCCUUCAAACGUCACACCCGCAUGCUUUCAAAGCACUUCAUCAACCACUCCCGAAGGCGCCUACUUUUCGCCGUUCAUCUUCGUCGUCACAACUACUCUCUGGAACGGUGACCCCUGCAGCGGGAAUCCGUUCUGGUCGGCCAGAAGCGACGUCUACAUCCCAGUAUUCUGCCAUGGCUUCCGUAGCCAAGGUCGCCGAAAGCGCCGCAAUAUCCGGAGUUACAAUGGAGAAGUUUCCGUUCGCACUGAGAAGAGGAUCUGAUGUGCCACCUCCGUCUCAGGGUGGCUGCAUCCGUAGCUCGUCCUUGUCCACAUCGAUGUCAAUACCUGGUCCCUCAAGCUCGCCAGCAUUCCCGAAGGCUAAGCAGGGUUGUGAGCUGGGCAAGCUGGGCUUCGCUACCUUUGUCCCCCUUUCGCCCUGUUCCGUUGCCUCAUCGGUCAAAAAUAUUUGCACUAGCCCCUGGAAAACCGGUGAUCAUCGUAUGGCUUCAUGUGUAUCGCCCAAAUCAAGAGAAGCGGCAUUGAGUCUGAACUUGCUCAAGGAGACUUAUUCCCCAUGUUCAAGCGGUUCAACCACUCCCACUGGAUUGUCGAGGAAGAGGAGUUACCCCGAAAGUGCGAUGGAAGGCCGUCCAGCAAGUGCGCUAAGAAUAGAGGCCAAUAUUCAUGGAUAUGCAGCAGACGGAACUACCAGCGUGACUCCAAAGUUCAAGUCACUUAAUAGUGGAUUUCGCUCACCGUCUCUAGUAUAUGGUUCUCCAACCAGAAGCCCUGCACCUGAUAGGAAAGGCAAGAGAUUAAGGUGCGCCCCAGAGAAGAAAAUGGGAGGAAUGAGUAUGGUGGGAGGAAUGUCGGUGGCACAGAAUGUGCGAUAGGCACAGGGGUAUUCGGUUCACUUUCGUGUAAACAUUAUUGUGUGCGACCUUUUUUCCUAUCUUUUGAAUUCUCUGGCUAUCCGUUAUGGGGGUAUUCUGAUUUUAUGGACUUCUGUUCCCUUUCGAAACUUGUCAAGAGAGGCAAAAUACGGUGUUCUGGCUUUUUUUUUCUUCUCGCUCUUCCUUUUUCCACUUUUUGUUUCCAUCAGGCUCUGUUCAAUUCUUUCCUUAUCCCACCGCGCCUUUUUUUAUUAUUUUUACACAGCAGAUAACCAGUCAAUCGCUUAUUAUUUCUGACCAACUGGAUCAAGCAGAUUUCCUUUUAUAUAACAUCUGCGUUCAAAGUCUUUCUAGCAAGCAGAGGAGAGGUGCGAGAAAGGAGAGGAAGGUUGUUUUUGUACGGACAUUUAUUUGUUAUAUGCUCUAACAAAACGAGGGACGGUUUUCAAGUAUUCUGGGACUCGAUAUUCGGACAUUGUGAUUGAGUGACUGAGUGAUAUUGGUAGACCUUUUUUUGCUAAGUAUGCUCAUUUUUUCGCAUCCUCCCUUCUUUCAGCGGACGAAUCACUUUUUAUUUUGUUUUUGGGAACGGUGGGUUUGUUUGGGUCAAGGGCUCGCUAAUCCCCUUCCCCACUGAGUUGCGGCGGUCGAAACCAACCAACCAACCCCGCUCCCCUCUUGAAUAACAAAUUUACCCUGGUGUGAUUCUUGCCCGUGGCCUUUGAUAUCCACAUCACACACGCGGGUGGAAACCCGGGCGAAGCUAAGCUAAUCACCUCUAACCCGGAUAUGAUAGCGGUGACUAUCCCCCGUCGUCGC